AUGAGCUCUGAACAGGAAGAAGCUACCGAGAUAAACAGAAAGAAUGCACCAUUCAGAGACCCGGACUAUGAUGAUAGCGAAGGGUGGUCCCAACUUGGGAAUGGUGUGUAUACGACACCAACUCCAGCUGGAUGGAGCAGCUAUGGGGUUACAAAUUGGUACUGCGCUAUCAAGGCGGAUGAGGAUUUGUUUGCUACCGCAACCAAGGCAUGGAUUCCUUAUGCCGAUUACUACGACAACCGUCUCUGGAAUCAAGGAGAAAGCACCAUCACAGGCUACAUCGAGGAUUCGCUGAACGAGGAACCAGAUAAAACGCUCCGGUUAUCUUACAUAGGAGGUCACGGUUAUCAUGAGCAGAUGCUCAUUCCAACCGAGAUGGUGAACUCUGAUGCUUUGGACUUCUAUGCACAAUGCUUUGAAACUAAGCAAGAGUUGUUGGAUUAUAGCGACGAAGUGGUCAAUUAUGCCACUUGGUCUAAUGUCGUUGGGUACAAGGGGAAUCCUAGGAAGUAA